AUGGCAGAAGAGGACGAGGAUUCGUGGUUGUACGGAGAUGGCAACGAGGAAGAAGUCCCUAGUGCAACUUCUCCAGCUGCGGUGACCAAAUCCAGCUCGCUAUCAGCCGAUGCCCCUCCGUUCAUGAGCAAGGUGCCAUCUGCUGCAGACCCAGACAAUGAACCACAGGAACCCAUGCAAGUUGAUGCUCCACCUGAGGAGGGGGCUGCCGAGACACAGGCUAAAGACCCAGGAGCAGAUGAUGGGGGUGGUGGUGAUGAUAACGACGACGAUGAUGACGAUAGCGAUGAUAGUGACGAUGAUAGCGAUGAAGACCAGGUGGAGGUUACCAUUGGCCCUAUCAAGACAGGACCAACAACCCCCCAUGUGUCAUAUGGACAAACUGCGGUGAAACAUUCCCCAUACACAAAGGUCGCCACACCAACUAGUCAACCAGCAACGACACCAGCAGUAUCUCAUCCUAAACCAGUUGGCAAAGGUCUGGACAUUGAAGCAGAGAGCAACGUCAAUGGUGUUGGGUUGUAUUCUUAUGAGCUUGAAGCACAGGAGGACAAGCCAUGGAGGAAGCCAGGUGCCGAUCUGACGGACUAUUUCAACUAUGGUUUCAACGAGGAAUCGUGGACAGCGUAUUGCGAGAAGCAGAGGAGAUUAAGAUCAGAAACCGGAGGAGUUUCAUUACCAGUCAAAAACUUUAUGCCAUACACACCUACCGCAUCUUCAUCCAAGGAACCCACUACUCCUGACAGUCGUAAGUUAUCAUCAGCCAUUACUGUUUCAUCAUAUACAAAUGGUGAAUGGCCAUGA